AUGCCUCUGACCUUAGCCCUUCUGCUGCUCUUGGACCUGAGCGCCCGACGAGGCUGCUGCCUGCAUUGUGACCACUCGGUGCGGGAGGCCCUGAGCCAGCUGCGCGUCGCCCUCAUCCCCGACCGCUUCCAUCAAAAGCAGCUGCAGGCCCGCGCUCGGGCCCUGCUGCUGGGCAUGGAGGGGCCUUUCUUCCGGGACUACGCGCUGAACGCCUUUGUGUGGAGAGUGGGGAUAGAGCACCUGGAUCUUGUGGCAUCCUUUAUCAAGAAUCAAACAAACAACUUAAUGGUUAAUUCUCUUAGAGCCCCACCAGAGGUCAAGCUGCUACUGUGUUGGCCCAAGGCCACCACCAUGAAUCACAUUGUUAGCACAGACGGUGUGGUGUGA